GCGCUCUGGAGUUGGAGGGUGCGUCACGUGGCGCGCUCCCGCUGAGUUAGGCCGGGUCUGGCUGCUGAGGAAAGUGGUUGAGAGUUAGAGCAGCGGGCGCUUUAGGGAUAAGUUUGUGGCUCGUGAUUCUAGUGGGACCAACAUGAGACUGGCCGGGAAUAAGUGGCUGGGGGCAGCGCUCCUGCUCCUACUAACUGUCUCGUGUAGCGGGCAGACUAGCGUCGAUUCACCUCCAGCACAAACAUCAGCACCAACAAGUGGUCCCGUCCAAAGUACCACAGGCAGCAAUACAACAGAACCUGCUACCAACACCACCAGCCCCGCAGCUCCAACUUCAGCUGUGAGUAGCACCAAUCAAUCCACAUUGGCGCCACCAACUUCUGCCACUACAGUGAAACCUGUGGCUAGCACUUCAUCUUCAGAGGCAACGACCAAGGUACCGGCGAAAACCUCAGCGACAGCCUCGGCCUCAACAUCCGCUGCAACUUCUGCCGUGACAAGCUCCAUUGCUUCUCAGGUAUUGCCGAAAAUUUCUGGUUUUGAUCUGGGCAGUUUCAUCGGUGGCAUCGUGCUAACGCUGGGCAUCAUAGCUGUCCUCUUCUUCGGCUGCAAGUUCUUUAACUCAAGGAGAGGCGUUCGAUACAGGACCAUAGACGAACACGAGGCUAUCAUUUAAUAUGAAGGGCCCCAAAAGGAUUGAUAUUCUCCAAAGGAUUCUCCUCUGUCAGCUUUAUUCUGUAUAAUUGCACCAGUUUCGCACGGACAGUUUUCUGGGUAGAAUUUGAUUCUGAAUAUCUUGGAAACCUUGUUUGUUUAUAUUGUGUACUGAAGCGGGAAGUCCCACUGAGGUUCUUACACAGAAGGUUACUAGGCAUUGGUGUCCCCCUGUGUAAUGAUUGUGUAUUCAUAGCCGGUCACACGGGAAUAAUGAUAUGGCAAAUGCUUUUCUGCUGCCUCACCUGAGACAAAUCAAUACUUGCACUUUUACCUGUCGCAUGAUAAGGAAAUGAAACUUGCUUUUCUCUUUGCAUCUAUUUCUAGGCUGCUUUAUGGCUUUUAUUUGUCUAAAGUGCAUUUGUCUGUGCCGUGCUCUCAUUGGAUGUGUUUGACCUGCAGUCGGUGACGUCCAUAUGGCUUGCGAUUGUUUAUCAAACCCACCAAUCAUAACAAGGUUUAGGCAUAGGCUGCUGUAGAAUGGCAUUUUCAUCCCCAGCCAUACUUCCAGAGAGGUGAUCCAAAAUCCCACCUACAAACUUUACAGUUGCAUCAAAUAUAAAAUAUACUUCAGGUUAUUGUGUUUAUUGACACAAGCUCCCUAAUUAUCACACCGUAUAUUCUUGGAAGCAAUUCUGCAUGAUUUAUGUUUCUUUUAUUUGGGUAAAGAUCGUGUUCCUUUUUGAUGUAACAUAUCCGCAACUGAACUGCAGUUCUUAUAGUUUGGAAUUCUUCACUGCUUCCUAUAGGGGUCGCUGUUGGCAUUAUUGUGACUGGAUUGUGCCGUUGUGCUCCCCAAAUAUUGAAUAUUAUGUGCAAGCAAAGGCUUCAUGCUUUGAGGAUUAUGUUUCUGAUGAUUUUGGCUUCAUUGGUGCCUGCAACUGACCUGCAAAUAUGUUGGAUAAAUUUGUAGCUUGUAAUUCUCUACUGCUUCCAAAAGGUGUCACCGUAAGCUUUUUUUUUUUUUUUUACCAAUGAUUCUACCAGCAUGCAUAAACAAAGGGACUUCACGUCCCAAAAUCCAUCACUUAAUAAUAAUAAUAGGUGGAAAAUCCAGUUAGAAUGAGCUUAUGUAGUAGUGAUGUGCGGAUCACAAAAAAAUUGGACCCUAACUCGAUCCCUCCGAACCCUACUUGUGGUGCGGCAGCUCAUCUGACCCGCCGUCUCUGAUGUCACAAAAAGGGGUCAGGGCAGACACUUAGCUUCAAAUAGAGGCUGGCGCCAUCAGUGUAUUUACUGGUGGAGAAAGCAGAAAGAAGAGCUCAACCCAGAGCCUGCGACCCUGCAAUAGUCUGUGGAAGUCGGUUCGAAUCUGCCUAACCUGCAGGUGUCCGCACUUUAGUGAUGUGCGGCCUGGCCCUAUACAGGCAGUUUACCCGUGGAAUGGCCAGGUUCGGGCCGACUCCUGCAGAAAAUGUUCGGGCGGGUCCAGGUCGACCUCUUCUCCUGCUCUCCUGGCCCACGACCUAGCAGUUUCGGCUUCCGGUGUCGGAAUUUAUAGACGGGUGGGCGUGGGUCUAUAAAUAUAGGGCAGCAGCGGUGGCAGGUGCAGUUUUGGGAGGGGGCGGGUUAGGGUUCGGAAGCGGGUUGAGAAAUUCUCGAUCCGCACAUCACUACUAUGUAGGAUAUAUUACCUUUUCUAAGGUUAAUGUUGCACGUGGCCAACAACAAGGGGCAGAUUUAUUAAGGUUCGAGUUUCCAUGAAAAAUUUGAGUUUUGAAGGUUAUUAAAAAAAAGCCUUGAAUUUUCACGUUUAAAGAAAAAAGAAACUUGAAUUUUUCAAGCAUAUUUUUUUUUUUUUAAACUAGAAUUUUUCAAGAUUGGUUAUACCCCCCAACCUGGAAAUAGCUUGAAUCCGAAAAAAACACCAAGGUUUCGUGGGUUUCACCAAAAACUUGAUCAAUUCAAGUUUUCUAGUUGUCAACCCCCAAACUUGCUGAUUCAAGUUUUUUUCUUAAAUAAGAAACUAUUCGAGUUGUGAGUUCAUUCAAGGUUUUAAAAUAAGCUCACAUAGCUCUGAAAUUAACCCCCCCUCCCCCCAAAAAAGUGCCUUAUACCAUUGGCAUCAAGCUUAUCCACCAAUCAUGAAGUACCCUGGGCUGAAAUCUGCACAGUUACAGGUGGAUGCCAUUAGUCAGUGGCUUAAAGCACUCACCAUUCCAUAACGGUUACGUUCCUAAAACAAAUUUUAUAUUCACUCGGGACAAAAUAGAUUUUGUCAGCCCUUUAGGGACAUGUCAAGUCAUUUCUACCAAGCUACGACCAAAUCGUUCUCCUGAAAGUCGGGGACUGGUGUCUGUUUGUACAUUUUGUAUAACCCUAAACUUUCACUUUCUUUAUGAGGAGAUUUAUUAUACAAAGCUAUUGUUUUGGGAGUGGAAAAUAGUUUGUAUUUUUUAAGUAAUUUUGUAAAACGCUUUUAAUUUUCCCCCUCCCAUUGUACAGUGCAAUAUCCGGAAGAAUUUAAUUUGCAUGACAAAGAAAUGGGAAACAAUUAGCUGCUCAGAUAUAUGGCUUUCAGCAGUUUAUAUUUUAUAUGUGACUUUUGCUUUAAGGAAUAUGUGAAUAUAAUGAUCCUGAGUUUUGGUUUAAUAAAAAGGAUAAUUUGCACUA